UUAAUAUUUAAUUAUAGUUAUCUGUGGUUAUUUUAUUUUUCUGAUUCAUCGAGUGUAUUUUUAUGCUGAAUCUUUAUACGUAAAAAUUACAAAUAAAUAAGUUUAAUUUAAGCGUUAUAAGUAAAUAAUGGAAAUGUAGUGCCUUAAUGGAAUUUUUAUGUAGUUAAUUUACGUGUGUCUUCUCUGCUACAUUCUUUGAUGAGGAUGAUCUCAUUGACGUUCUGACAUUACGUUUUAAGCGAAAUCUUGAUCGUUUUAUUAUUUUGCUAUUGGGUCCAAUGACCUUGUAACUUAAAAUAAUUUCAUCGAAAUUGAUUAGUGACAAUGAAGAAACAGUUCUAUAGGGUUAAGCAACUCGCCGACCAAACAUUUUCAAGGUCAGGAAAAGCGGAAGGCUUGACAGACGAGUUGCAAACAGCAGACAGAAAAGUAGAGCACCUCAGAAAUGCCUUACAGUUGGUUAGCAAGAGACUGUCAACAGGAGCAGGCAGUACACAGGGCCAGGACCCUGCAGCCAGAGAGAAAAGACUUAAAAAACUGCCUGAAUACCUCCUUGGAUUAUCUAUGUGUGAAGCCAGCAAUUUUGAUGACGAUGAUAGCAUUUUAAAAUAUAUUUUAUAUGAAUGUGGUAAAACGGAGAAAUUUCUGGCAAAUGAGAUAGCAGAGCAUGAACUGAAGGUAGAACAGUUAGUGUGUGCACCUCUCACAACUAUAAGUGACCAAGAUCUUCCAGCCAUAAUGAAAGCCAAGAAGCAGCUCAACAGGCUCAUGAGCGAGAAGGAAACUGCUACCAGCAGAUAUCAUCAUUUAGAAAGGCAGAAAGAGGAGAAUCCAACUAAAUUAAAUGCUGCGAGAGAAGAACUCGAAGAUGUUGGGAUCCGAGUGGAGGCAGCCCGGGAUGCUCUGGCUGCGGACAUGUUUGCACUUGUCGCUAAGGAGGCCCAGUUAGCACACACACUACUACAGUACGUCAAACUACAGAGAGCUUACCACGAGUCGGCACUACAUUCCCUACAAGAUACGGUUCCAGAGCUAGAACGAUUCAUAAACGACAGUUCGGUGAAGCCGGUAUUCGGGUACCCGCUAGAAGAGCACCUGAGGGUGACGGGCCGCACCAUAGCGUUUCCCAUAGAGCUAUGUGUUUGCACCCUGCACGAGUUGGCGCUUAACGAAGAAGGACUGUUCAGGAUUGCUGGCGGCACGUCUAAAGUGCGGCGCAUGAAGUUGUCGCUGGACGCGGGGCUGUUCAACGUGCCGCUGCCGCGCGACUACCGCGACAUGCACGUGGUGGCGUCCGUGCUCAAGUGCUACCUGCGCGAGCUGCCCGAGCCGCUGCUCACCUACCGCCUCUACGAGAACUUCGUCACCGCCUCCCGGCAGCCCUCCGAACAGACCCGGCUCAACGCCAUCUGGGAAGCCAUACACCUACUACCCGAGGCUAACUUCCAAAAUCUUAGGUACCUUAUCAAAUUUUUGUCUACUUUGACACAGAACCAAAGUACAAACAAAAUGACCCCUUCGAACCUGGCCAUCGUGAUCGCUCCCAACCUCCUGUGGGCGGCCGACGAGAGCACAUUCGACAUGAACAUCACAACUGCAGUCAACUGCAUCGUUGAACUACUCAUCAAACACGCCGACUGGUUCUACAAGGACGAUCUAAACUUCUUCAUUUCAUUCACCAAAGAGGAUCUACUUCCAGAUCAAUGCGAGUACGGUUUCUCGCCUAAUUUCGUCCACGGUUACAAUCAGACCGCAGCACUCAGCCACGAGCCCACGAACGGCGACUACAGCAGCAUGAGCAAGUCUAUGUUCGACUACAAUCACCAAAGUCUAAGCAAAUUAACCGAUAGCGCAGGCCGCCACUCGAGGAGCAACAGUCACGACACUAGUUUAAUAUUGCUCGAAAACGACAUGAAGAAGGCUCAGUCCAACAGUUCAUUAUCUGAUCAAUCUAGUCCCCCACACGGAAGUCCAAAGCCGAUCAUGAGGCGAAAAAACAAACCAUUGGCUCCCGUGCCGCCUAAUUUCACACCAGAUAAAAAUAAAAAAGUAGUAAUAGAGCCACAGCCUCCGCCCCAACCACAACCGCAGGCGCAGCUCCCUGCGCCAGAAAUAGUAAAAGAACAGACGAAUACAGCGAAGGCUGACAUCGACAAGCCUGCCAAGCCGCCCAGACCCGUCAUAUCGGACACCGGCAAGGUGAUCACCGGCGUACAGACCAUCAACCGCUCCACGUACCGACAGAGCAAAGCCAUGAAGGAGGAGGCGCGGAACGAGCUGCUCGCCGACACGCGCCGCCAGAGCCUCGAGCUCGACAAGGACAUUAUGAAGGCACCCGACGGGAAAGACUCCACACUAGUCGUAAAGAACGUGACCGCGCAGACCGGAGUCGUUAGCAGGAUGAAAGUGGUCGGUGAUGCAUUUAGUGGGCCGGCAUCGUUGGGAGCCGAACGGCCAUUAGCUGACAAGAUAACACCGGCACGCUUGCAGGCUACGAAGCCGAGCGGGCAGCCGCCGCCGCGGCCGGUGGCGGCGCCGCGCACCAUCGUGCCGGCGCCCGAGCCCGCGCCCGACGCCGACGUGCAGCUGCGGCACAAGCCCGCCGUGCCCGAGCGCCCCGCCACGCUGCGCCCGCAGAGCUUCCGCGCGCCGCGCUCCUCGCUGGGCGACGCGCCCGACCUCGCCGGCCAGCCCACCGUGCUCGAGCGCACUCACAUCUACACCGUCGACAAACAUCACCCCACCGUCAUCCAAGUCGGGGCCACCGCCGUUCCCGCUGACAAGGAUGGCGACGAAACCCCACGCGCGACCGUGCAACGUACACAUAGUUCGGGUGGGCGGGACGGCGACUUGGAGGAGCCGAGGAGCCUGUGUGUGGCGAGCAGACAGCUGUCGCAGUCGGAGGGUGACAUCACGGAGUGUCCGUCGCCGCGGCCACAGCCGGGCCGGCCGCCGCGACCACUAGUCCCCGCGCCGCCGCCGCCAGUAGCGGCGCCAGCGGUUACAGGCGCGGCACCGACCGCCCCACUAGCACAGUCGCCGCCCGCCGUGCCCGCCACACAGCCGGCGCGGCCUGAGGCGCCGGCUGUGCAGCCACUGCGUGAGAGUACGGAUCUUUAGCGGGCGCCGUACGUGCCGGUGCCCAUGCCGCGGUUGAAGCGACGACGUUAGUUGCUGCGAGUCACCGCAUCACAGUAAACAGGGCGCGACAACAUUGUUAUGAUCGUGGUCUAUUAUAAUUCUAGUUCCCGCUGUCGUAAAUUAUGAUGUCGCAACGAGACUGAUGUUGGCUCUUUAUUUUCUGCUUAUACCGUGCCUCGGUCACGUAGAAAAAUGUUAUUUGAGAAAAGUUUUCUUUGCAUCAAAUGAGUAUUAUGUAUUUAUUUUUGUAAAACUAGAAUUAAUAAUAAGAUAACAAGUGAUAAUUUGAAUAAUAUUAUCUAUUACCAAAAUAGAAAUUACAGCUUUUGCGUAAUACGUAUGUUAGUCUGACGAUUAAUCAUUGACCCCGGAAUAUUAUUCCAAAAAGACAUAUCGGUUAGAUUGUCUAUGUAGCUUUUUUAUGCAAUCUAAUUUUAAUAAAUAAUGGAAUGUUGUAAGCCAGUUAGUUAUAUAUUGAUAAAAUGUUGCAAUUAAUAAUUGUGAUAUUAGAAAAAUAUUAUCACCACUCCCGGUCAGUGGCCACAAGCGGGGGAAUGCACAAAUGUUGUUGACGUAACAAACGGCCAUAUUUUUACGAUAUUUGUAAUGGUGUGUUUCCAUUUGACCACUAGACAUUUGGCCAGCGCCGGCAAGUCAUUUUAUUUGCUAAACAUAGAUUUUAUUUUUUGUAUUGAGAGUUAAUUAAAUUGUAUUUAUGUAAUUGUACCGGCGUUGACCAACUGACCGUGUCUAAUGGAUACCGUCGUGACUUGUCAAUGCAUUAGAUUAGUAAUCAACGCAAUGCUGUUUCAAUGACUAUUAUUUUAGCUGUAAGUAUGUUAUGUAGUGUUUACAAUCUUAUGUGAUAUGCAUUUUAUUAUUAUAUACUUCAAGUAUACCAGCUUCUGUUGUAAGUAUUAAUAAAAUAGCCCAAACAUUA